AUACAUUUUCUAUGCUACUUACGAGGAGAAUUUGUCUUACAAUCAAGAACUUCUUGAGUUUGUCAUCAUUUCCUUUAUUCUCAUGAACUUAAUGUUAGAUUCAAGGGUGAUACUGUUUGGAGAAAUUAGAUGUUAAUCCAGCUGAGGCAUUAAAGGGUUAGCCCUUUCUUAACAUUGUUUGAAGUCACAAGGGAGAAAUUUUCCUUGUCUUCACCAGAUAUUAACUGUCAAAUAAAGCACUGAAAACAAACUGAUGAAAGAUACAGGUGAAGGUUUUCAACCUUCUAGUAGCAUUUCAAAGAAAAACCUGAGGUAAUUUGUCACUGAUGCUUAAGUAUGGACUUCUGUUUCCAUGAUUUACAACACAGUUUACACAUUCUUCAGUUUUCCUGUAAUGAACUAGAGUCUUAAAUUGUAACCUCCCAAAAUGCCAAAGAAAAUUUAGAUUCUCCAACGUUUUCCAUGUAAGCUUUUCAUGCAGAGUAAGUUCUCAAACUUGAUUUGGAAAAUGAGUAACAAAGCUAACGUUUCCUAUUCCUGUUGUGCAGUUUGAGACACUUUUUCAUAAAAAUAUUGCACAGAUUGAUAAUCUAUUUCCUCCAAACCAUUCACAAACAGGUUCCUCUGCUGGUCAGUCCAUUGCAAAAACCACUUGUUAAACAUUCGAAGCUGGCAAUGAAAAACAUCUGGGCUUGCUAACGAAAGAGACUCCAAAGCGUCAUUUAAUGAAGACAGUUUGUUAGGAGUGACUUUAUUAGCGAGGAUAUCCAUGAACUCAUACUUUUGAUGUUCUGUCCAACAGCUAAACCACGACAAAACAACUCUCAAUUCUUCAUCUGUUGAUUUUUUCUCCGUGCAGGCGGCCAUUCACUGAGUUGCAUCUUGGUGAAACUGGAACAAUUCAGGACAGGCGUUCCUUGAAGUUACAACAGUCUCUAGGACGUAGUCUGGGUUCUACUUACAUCCAAAAUGGCGGUCGUAGGUUCAUUGACGAAGGGAACGGGUGAAGUUUUAGAAUUUAGACAUGUGCUUCUUUCAUCUCAACACUCUCAAGGAAGAAAGGAAGAUUUUGAAAUUCUAGUCCACUCCUUAAAGAAACUUCAACAGGAUGUUAACUCUUGUUUAACGGAAAUCAUUGAACAGGAAAAGACAUCAGAAACAAACCAGGCCUCCAAAAACCAAACAACUGAAGACGAUGACCCGGAUGACAGCGAAGAUGACUUGGAAGAUCUAGAUACCACAGAGAAGCAAAACGGAGCGAUACAAGAGCCACAGUUGAAGAAGUUAAGAACAUAGCUUGUUGAGGAUUUUGUAGUAGUCUUACUGGCACAGCUGGCCUCGAAGGGGAAGAAGCAACAUGAGGAGAAAAGGCAGCUUAUGCAAUCGAGUAUGCUAUGCACAUAGCACUCUGAUUGGAUGAAAGUAUAUGAAGAUAAAGUUUUUUUAAUGGAACAUGUCAAGAACUGAAUGUCAUUUGAAGAAUUAAAUCCUUGAGAACGACCACUAUCUCAACCAAUCGCAACUUGGGCACUCGCGUUUUCCUGCGCUUUAGGCAGCUACCCUAUGCUGAUUAAUAACUAUAGUCUUCUGAGUGGUUAUUGUAAUAACCUGGUUUUGAUUUUACUAAGAGAUUAUAGUCUCUUGGUUUUAGGAUACUUAAUCGAAAAGCGCUCUAGUUAACUAUCCUAUGGACAAUUGCUUUCAAAUGCGCGUGGAUUUGAUUACAGACACACCUAGCCGCUGACCUGUAACACAACAAAUGGUUGGUGUUGGUGAUCUGUUUGAAUAAUUAUGCGCUAAAAUUUCGUGAUCAACAGAAUGAUUUUCUUCGCGUGUGGCCAGCUAACAGAGUCAUUUCCAAAAUGAGCACGCCCAUUGUCAAAAGGUUUGGUACAUUUUGAGACUGUUGAAAAGGUUCACUUACUCUUAAUAAUCUCAAAACAGGGUACAAGUGUCUUUUUUGGAGAUAAAAAUUGUGCAGUUUCAGAAGUAUAUUUCUCCCUUAGGCAUGAUAUAACCUGCAAUGUAUUUUGUUGUUCAAGGUGAACUAAAGAUGCUUUUUCCAGCUAAACUGUCAGCUCUGUGACUUGUCCAAGGCCUUUUUCUAAUAAAAAAUCCCACCAUU